AUGCUGAGCGACAAUCAUAUGCGAGCGAGCCUUCAGGUGGCUCCAUUGGAUCUCACAAAAUCUCGACCUGAAGAGGCCGACGAUGGCUCUCUGUCAAACAACCAAACUCCCAAAGGCGAAUCAAGUUUGGAAACUUCACAUCUUCGCUCUCAAAUGACGCCUCCGGUGACUCCCAAUGGCUCGCAGGAGGACCUAUCCUCCGUAUCGACGCCCCAUAUGCCGCCCGUUUUCCACAACUUCCUCCGCGCCUUUUAUCCUUUUCACCCGACUCUCGCAAUGGCCGAUUCUAGCGUUACUCUACCACUAGACGAAGGAGACGUUGUUCUGGUGCACUCGAUCCACACAAACGGGUGGGCAGAUGGGACACUUCUAACAUCAGGCGCCAGGGGCUGGCUUCCAACCAACUACUGCGAGGCGUACGAGCCGGGGGAAAUGCGCAGCCUCCUCAAGGCGUUACUUAAUUUCUGGGACCUGUUACGAAUAACAACGAUUGACGAGGACCAUAUGUUUCAGAGCCAAGAGUUUAUGAAGGGCCUCAUUGGUGGAGUGCGCUAUCUUCUGGAGCGCACUCGGUGUCUAAGUCGUGAAUCAAUGCUCAUUAAGCGAUGUGAUCCUCUACGCAGAUGCCGUAAAUCGCUGCUAUCAGAACUUUCAUCACUUGUGAAAACGGCGAAGCGGCUCCAGGACCUUCAACAGGUGGCGUUCGAGUUCCCUGAUGAAGUGAAUGACGUUGUGGACCAAAUGAUAUUAAAGGCAUUUAAAGUCGUUACCAAGGGAGUAAGAUUUCUCGAUGUUCUCGAAGACGAUAAGCGAGCUCACUCAUCCUCGCACACCAUUCAUACAAUGCCUCCUGUAAUCGAAGAGACGUGUGUUCCGCCUACGCCUCCCGCAGAUCGGGGUGUGUUUACCGAACAGACACAAACAGUUCCAGAUGACCGUGCUUCUGCUGCUGCCACAGCUGGCGAUGAGGCUUCUCUUGCUUCUGAAGAGACCAAUGCUGCUGCACAACUAGUCCAGCCCAGCCGCUGGAGCAAGCGACUAUCGUCAUUGAAUGCUCAGGCUGGCACCAAUUCAAAUCGGCAUUCUCAAGCUAGCACGGCACAAAUGAAUCGUCUUUCUGCAAACAUGGCUCACCGACUAUCGCUAGCUGGACCAUCUCCGCUCUCUCGCCCUCACCACCUUGUGUCUGAGCGUCUUAGCAAAAGCCACGACAAGUUUCUUUCCCAUCUUGGAUCUUUUAUCGGCCGCCUGCAUCUGCAGUCACAAUCGCGACAUGAGCUUGCAACAGCCAUUAAGCAGUCUGCUAUUUCUGGAGGAGAGCUUAUGGCUGUUGUUGAUGCGGUUAGUACGCAGAGCAGUUCUAUGAUCAACGCCCUGGUUUCAUCAAGAGAUGCUCUCCUGGAGCGUAUUCAGGACUUGGUGUGCGCUGCUCGGGAUACUUUGGCGAAUGCGGAAACGGAAGGAGCAGACAUCAUUAUGCCACAGGAUAACAACAUCAUGCUAAAUUCUGCGACAAGCUGUGUGAGAGCGGCUGGAGAGUGCGUCGCCUUGACAAAAGGUGUAAUCGAGAGAUCGGGAGAUUUUGAACUUGAGUCUGUUGGGAAUGCCCUGCCUUUGGAUGCAAUUGUUCUAAAUGCCCCUGCAACUAGAUCAAGGACACCAUCAGUGGCAGAGAGAUCCGAGGCUGCUAGUGUUGUCGGAUCGGCAAACUCCCCUGCCAGGCGGCCAAGUGUCGUGGCACUUGAUAAGCCUUUGCCUCGUGUCCCCGAUAGCCAGCCCGAUGAAGAGGCUACGCCGCCAGCUACGUCUCCCAAAAACUCUCGACCCUCAUCGGUAGUGGGAGAAGCGGUAUCAAGUCCAGCCUCCUCCGCUACAUCUGUUGGUCGAACACUCCCUCCUCUUCCAAAACUUACCACAACCUCGAUACCCGCAGAUACGACCGAAAAUGGCUCUGCUCGCGAACUGGACCUUCAUUCGUCUUUUGAUAGCAUGGCUGGCUCUAGUGCUGGAAGCAGCACAACAUAUCUGAGUAGAGACUCAGAAGUCAGUAUCCUAUCUCAGAGCUCAACGCGAGCCACUACCCCUGACCAAACGCUGGUUCCCCGAAACCAGCCCUCUUUAUCCGAGCUGAGCACUACCGGAAGCUCCACCCAUACAGAAGAAGCUGAUGAUGUCGAGUCAAAGUUGUUGAUGAAGACAUACGCACACGAGCUCGUAUUCAACAAAGAAGGCCAGGUGACGGGUGGCACACUUCCAGCAUUGGUUGAGCGUUUAACCACUCACGAAGCUACGCCCGAUGCCACAUUCGUCUCAACAUUUUACUUGACGUUUAGGCUUUUUGCCACUCCCAUACAGUUGACAGAGGCACUCAUUGACCGAUUUGAAUAUGCGGAAGAGUCGCCGCAAACAUCAGGCCCGAUUCGCUUGCGGGUAUAUAAUGCUUUCAAGGGCUGGCUUGAGUCUCACUGGCGCGAUCAGACCGACCGAGAUGCACUGAAGCUCAUUAUUCCCUUUGCUGAGAACCGGCUUAAUUCUAUAUUGCCAUCUGCCGGAUCACGGCUGCUAGAACUAACGACUCGUGUGUCUAAUGAAGGAGCGCUGGUGCCUCGGCUUGUCUCUUCUAUGGGCAAGACUAACACGGCCAUCGGCCAAUACGUCCCGGCUGAUCUUCCUCUUCCAUCUUCUAUUAUCUCAAAGGGCCAGCAGAGCGCACUGCAAUCCUUCAAGGCCGGCGGCGUCUCGCCUACAAUACUCGACUUUGAUCCUCUAGAGCUUGCCCGCCAACUAACCGUCAAGCAGAUGAACAUCUUUUGUUCCAUCUUGCCCCAGGAGCUUCUGGCCUCCCAAUGGAUGAAGAAGGCCGGAGCAGAUGCGCCAAAUGUCAAAGCCAUGACUGCUCUAUCGACCGACCUAUCAAAUAUGGUUGCCGCAACAAUACUUCAGCAUUCAGAGCUCAAAAAGCGGGCCGCCGUCAUUAAGCAGUGGAUCAAAAUUGCGCAGUCAUUCUUGGAACUUCAUAAUUACGAUGGUUUGAUAGCCAUCAUCUGCAUCCUUAAUAGCAGCACCAUCACUCGCCUGCGUAAGACUUGGGAUGCGAUAUCACAGAAGCGUAAAGAAGUGCUCCGAAACCUGCAAGAGAUUGUAGAGCCGUCGCAAAACAACAAAGUUCUUCGCACAAAACUACAUGAUCACGUCCCUCCCUGCCUGCCUUUCCUUGGCAUGUAUCUUACUGACUUGACUUUUGUUGAUAUCGGCAACCCGUCAACGAAGCGUGUAUCUUUGGGGAGCGAAUCUGAAGUAGAUGGCGCAGGCGGCUUGACAGUCGUCAACUUCGACAAGCAUUCUAAGACGUCCAAGAUUAUCGGAGAACUUCAACGGUUUCAAAUACCUUAUAGACUGACGGAGCUGCCUGAUAUGCAGGACUGGUUAUCAGCACAGUUUCAGCAAAUCCGUGAAGCAAGCAAAGGGAACGUUCAAGUGACAUACUACCGAAAGAGUCUCUUGCUUGAACCACGCGAGCCUAUAGUGAAGCGAGAGACUGCUGAGUCGCCGGCAACGGCAACGGCGGCAGCAGCUGGUCGACCCGAUAUUUUCGGCUGGAUUACGCGUGAUCGUGUUGGACAAAACUCGACACCACAAGCUUAA